AUGUCGCGCUCACUACCUACACCACCUUUGUCGUCACUCCCGUUCUCGGAUCUACAAGGGAUGGCAAGCUACAAUGAACCGAUGGAAUCACGCUCACCAAAAGAAUGGUUUGAUCGUGCAAAACAUGAAGCUGAUUUAGCUGUAUUGGCAGAAAGAAGUGGUAAAAAAGAAGAGAUGUUUCUGGCUUAUACGAGAAGUUGUCAAGCUUAUUCUUAUUGCAAGAUGCAUCCUUCGAAUAAAGAUCUGAGGAAAACAGAUCCACAUUGGACUGAAAGAGUUAAAGAUUUCAAAGAGACAUAUGAGAUCUUCUUGGGUAAAGCAAAAGAGAUGAAAGAACAACUUAAGAAGAGGGACGUCGAACAGAAUGGUUCUUUAACAACGCCUCGUCCAGGUCCUUCACGUAGUCCGUCUGGACCCGAUAUAAGGGGAGGUGGAAGUAUAGCCGAUCGGAUGAAGGCAUUAGGAGGUCAUGGAAUGGAUAUAGGAAAUCCCAAUUCUAAUUCCAAUCACAAUCAUAAUCCUCCCGUCAAACGGUACGGGAAAGAUUUAUCUGCCCCUCCAAUCGCGGCCAAACCCUCUCAAUUAUCUUCCAUACAUACACCGUCCACUUCAAGUCAAGUGCAUAAUAAUGCUACUGGAUCAAGUGCUGGAGGGAACUUGGGUUCAUUGAGAGCUACAAAUACUAGACAGAGAAGUGGUUCGGGAUCAAGUUCCCAUAAUAUACCUUCACCAUCCAGUGCAACUUCUGUUAAACCACCUUCUAUAAGGGAAGAAAAGCAAAGUCAAACUGUUCGACCAUCUGCAACAGGAUCAUCUACACGAUCAAGAAGAUCCACAAACCCUAUCGAUGGAGAUCGCCCCUUACCGACUGCACCAAUAGUGACGAAUUCCCCGUCACCCGUCAAUCAAAAUCCUCUGCCAAUCAUACCCUCAAUCUCACCCCCUAAUCGAUCUUACAUCAAACCUUCCAUCCAACCCUCGACAGCGACUCCUUCGAGACACCCUCUUCCAUUCAUUCCACAAUCACACACUUCACGCAGUCUUGCUGCUCAAGGUCAGGUAAAUGAAGCGGAUACAUCUUCAGGUACUUUGAAAGAUUUCGAAAAAGCUUUCCCUUCACUCAGUGAAUUCGGUAAACAAUUCCAAGAUGAUGAUGACGAUCUCAGUCGUGCGAACGCUCGAAUCGCCCAGUGGUCAUCCUCUAUCAGCUCGGGCAAACAACAACCAGAUAAAUCUGGUUUACCAAAUGGUUCCUCUAAAGUGACUCAUCAACGUGACCUUGCUAUAGAUGAAGACGAUUCAUCCGAGAUGAAACUACCUGAUAUACCGAACUUUCCUGUUUUACCGUCUGCUCCUUCAAACAGACCUGGAUUACCUCUUCCACCUCGACGAGCCGAUAGUAUUGAUGCUAUGGCCAAAGAUUCUUCUUCGCCGAAUGAUGAAAAGGCUUUAUCGCCACCAGUACCUGAACCUGGAGCUGGAUUGAAAAGGCCAGCAAGUGUACCCAACGUAGCUACUUUACCGGGUGACGUGGACCUGUUAUCGGAUGAACCAAUUUUGGAAGGCGACAAAGAUAAACAUCCUUCCAAACCAUCUGCCCCAAUACCGCAAUCAAGAUUUGGACCUCCAAACGGAGUAGUGAAAGAUUCAGCUCCGAAUGGAGUGACAAGAGAUACUGCUCCCACAGCUGGAUUGAAGGAUCUAAGAUCACCACCGCUGUCAUUUCCUGUCGCUGUACCUACUCCUCCACCCUCUACACAAAAUCGGAAUCGAGAUUCGGCUCCUCCUGCUACAACAGCCAACGGUCUACAUCACUCUCAAAAUUUCCAGAAACCCAAGUUCCCUUUCAGUAAUUCCGUUACUCCAGAUGAAUUGAGGUCAUAUUUCCUAAAUCCCGCCGUAGAGAUGCUGUUACUGGAUGUAAGGAGUGAAGAAGAGUUUCAAAGAGGUUAUGUAGGCAGAGAAUAUGAACCCAGAGGUGCCAAGGUCAACAUCGCAUGGAUGGAUCCUACUGUAUUGAUGAGAGAAGGAAUGACUGCACAAAAACUUGAGGACUCAUUAUCACUUUCACCUACCGCUCAUCAAAAGGCCUUUCAAAACCGAAACAAAUUCGAUCUGGUAGUUGUGUAUGACUCAAAAUCAACGAACUGGCCAAACAAAGAAAAAGGUUCGACCCCCACCUCAAAGUUAUGGGAUAUGAUAUACGAAUAUGAAUUCCAGAAAAAACUAGAUAGAACACCUGUUCUGCUUUUAGGUGGAUAUGAAGCUUGGAGAGAAUUCAUCAAGAUGCGUGCGGCAAAACAUGCUGCUGCACAUGCUAAUUCUCAAGGACAUGGUCACGGACAUAGUCAUUCUGUUCAAGUGAAUGGUCAAGGUAGACCAUUCAAUCCAAAAGCUAACGGUUACAGUGCCAAUUCUCCUAGGCUCGAUCACGUCAUCUCACCCAGCUCUUCAGUCGACUUAACGUCAAAGAGAGCUAAUAGAGAAAUGCCAGUUUAUCAAUCUGCUCAUUAUGCGAAAAACAUUACAGACAGCUUCGGUUAUGCACCUCAAUCAAUGACAGGUGAACCUUCGUCUUACAUAUCUGGUCAACCAUCUCGAUCAUAUGCACCAACAUCUGCCUCUCACACUCGCUCACCUUCCAAUUACUCUUCGUCGACCACGACAAUAGCGCCUCCACCUCAAGCGUCAAUACAUCCUGGACCUGGAGCUAGACGUCGAAGUGAUUACUUGGAUCAACAUGGUCAAACAUAUUCUGGAUCUGCUUAUGCGCCCACACCUUCACCAAGACCAGCUGUAGAUUACCCUCAAGCUCAUGCUCUAGCUACUGUACCUCAGCCUCCUCCAGCAGCUAUAUCGCCUAUGGAUCGAUAUGAUACAAGACCUGCUGUAGUCAGAUCCGGUAGUAUAAGAGGUUUAGACUUGGUAGCUAGAGAAGGUGAUGAAGUCAGAUAUUGGAACGAUGUCGUUUUGGGUCUGACAGGAUUGAAGAAUCUUGGAAAUACAUGUUACAUGAAUUCUACUUUGCAAUGUUUAUCAGCAACAUUCCCAUUCACGUCUUUCUUCUUAGAUGGAUCAUAUAAGCGCUCAAUCAACGUUUAUAAUCCUUUGGGAACCAAAGGUAAUCUGGCUAAUGCAUUUGCAGAAUUGCUGAAAGCAUUGUGGAAAGAAGAUUACACAUUCUUAUCACCUGUCACAUUCAGGAAAAACAUCAUCACUUUUGCUCAACAAUUUUCAGGGACUGAUCAACACGACUCACAGGAAUUCCUAUCUUUCGUCCUGGAUGGUUUGCAUGAAGACUUGAACAGAGUGAAACAUAAACCACCGCCAGUGGAAAUGACACCUGAAAGAGAAGCUGCUCUAGAAACUUUACCUCCCGAAGUUGCAAGUGAAAAAGAAUGGCAAAUAUAUAGAAUGAGAAAUGAUUCAUUUAUCGUUGAUCUGUUUCAAGGUCAAUAUAGAAAUAGAUUAGAAUGCUUGACUUGUCAUAAAACAUCUACCACCUACGACACUUUCAUGUAUAUGUCCCUUCCAGUUCCCGCAGGCAAAUCAAAAGUGGUUGUACAGGAAUUGAUUGAUGAAUUUGUCAAAGCUGAAAUAAUGGAAAAGGAAGAUGCAUGGAAUUGUCCAAGAUGUAAGGUUCCUAGGACCGCCUCUAAGACUUUGACGAUAUCUCGACUACCUCCAGUAUUACUUAUUCAAUUGAAGAGGUUUACGACUCAAAAUGGAGUAUUCUGGGAUAAAUCGGAAACACCAGUUAUCUUCCCUGUUAAAUCACUUGAUCUUACUCGAUAUGUACCAAGAAGACAAUCUACAGGAAGAGAAGAUUUAGAUGAUCCAAGAUGUCAAGUUGGACCAUUCAAAUAUGAUUUGUACGGUGUCAGUAAUCAUAUGGGAACGUUAAGUUCAGGUCAUUAUACCGCUUAUGUCAAAUCAAGCAAAGGUUGGAUGUAUUGUGAAGAUUCAAAAGUCACUAAAGCUCAAGAAAAAGAUGUUGUUUCUCGUCCUGCUUAUAUUUUGUUCUAUAAACGAAUACGAGCAUAA